ACGUGGCAUACGAAGGUUGCAGUACCAUGCAGGGGGGCUCUUCGUCAAAUCGCGGCGCAUUGUGGGGCGGAGGCGGCCUUUCUCUGCGUCCGUCCGAAGCUAUCGGGAAAUCUGCAACUAAAUAGCGGGGGGAGGAACGCAGUCUCGAGAAAGCGAAUCCAGGGCACCCUACAUUGUGUUGCACAGCUUUUUAAAACACAACUGUAAUAUUGGAGGAAAAUGGGGCAGGAAGACCUAAUGAACAAAGCCGAAGACGUGGCAGACCAGUUUCUGCGGGUGACCAAACAGUACCUGCCCCACCUGGCACGUCUGUGUCUCAUCAGCACGUUCCUGGAAGACGGGAUCCGUAUGUGGUUCCAGUGGAACGAGCAGAGAGACUACAUCGAGGCCACUUGGAACUGUGGCUACUUUCUGGCUACGUGUUUUGUGCUGCUUAACCUCAUCGGACAGCUUGGUGGUUGUGUCCUCAUUCUCAGUAGAAAUUUUGUACAGUAUGCGUGCUUUGGAUUAUUUGGUAUCAUAGCAUUACAGACUGUUGCAUACAGCAUUUUAUGGGACCUCAAGUUUUUGAUGAGAAACCUGGCCUUGGGAGGCGGUCUGCUCCUGCUGCUGGCGGAGUCGCGUUCGGAGGGGAAGAGCAUGUUUGCUGGCGUCCCCUCCAUGGGGGAGAGUUCGCCGAAGCAGUACAUGCAGCUCGGCGGCCGAGUGCUGCUGGUCCUCAUGUUCAUGACUCUGUUGCACUUUGACUCCAACUUCUUCUCUAUCCUGCAGAACAUGGUGGGGACGGCUUUAAUCAUCCUGGUGGCCAUCGGCUUCAAAACCAAGCUGGCGGCCCUGACCCUCGUAGUGUGGCUCCUUGCCAUCAACGUGUACUUCAACGCUUUCUGGACCAUCCCGGCCUACAAGCCCAUGCACGACUUCCUCAAGUAUGACUUCUUCCAGACCACCUCGGUCAUCGGUGGCCUGCUGCUGGUGGUGGCGCUCGGCCCCGGCGGCGUGUCCAUGGACGAGAAGAAGAAAGAGUGGUAGGGGGAGCGAGAGAAUCAUGCAGCACAUCUGACAGCCCCCGCCACCAUGGGACACAGAGACCUUCCCUCUCUGGCUGUUCUGCCCACAGGAUACACAGUUUGCUGUGGGGGGGAAAACACCUCAACUAUCAGUGGACAAUUUUUCUUUGUUUCUGUUUUUUUUUUUUUUUUUUUUUUUUGUCCCAACUGCUAAAAUAUUUUGGUUAAUAAAAAAAAAAAGACUUUUUAUUUUCAAAACUUCAGCCUUCAAUGUGUGUAAGAAUAAAAAUGAAUAAAAAUGCCCGUUUAUUUUAAAGUGCAGCAAAAAACAAAACAAAAAAAACGGUUAAAUAAAUGUUUGUUCUAUGUUUAGAGAAAUAAAAAUAAUUCAUUGUAUUUUGCAGGUGUUAUGUCAUAAAUGACCAUAAGUCAAUAUUGAUAUUUUUCUGAAUAAACGGGCAGAAAAGA